UCAGCUGAUGGGUCUUCUUAUUGGUAACUUUACCGCUUUGUCAAAGUGUUUCUGAUUGUUUGCGCGCUUUCAAAGUGCCAUAUGUAUUUUGUAACGGUUUUGUGGGUUGUUAAGCUGUUUUAUACCGGCCAGCUGCGUGUGAUGUUUCAGAGGAAGCCGCUUUCCUAGCGAUACGAGUGUGAAGUGCUCCUCGGUGCGGACAGGAAUAGAGCAACACUGGAUAAACAGUGGUGUGGGUUUGGCAAGAGCCCAUUAUGAGAAACAGCCUCCCUCGAACCUGCGCAAGUCAAACUUCUUCCACUUCGUUCUUGCCCUGUAUGACCGGCAGGGACAGCCCGUCGAGAUCGAGAGAACCUCCUAUGUGGACUUUGUGGAAAAAGACAAAGAAUACAAUGGCGAGAAGACCAACAAUGGCAUCCACUACAGGUUACAGCUUCUCUACAGCAACGGUAUCAGGACAGAACAGGAUCUGUUUGUUCGAUUAAUAGAUUCCAUGACUAAACAGCCAAUCCUUUAUGAAGGCCAAGACAAAAACCCAGAGAUGUGUCGCGUUCUCCUCACCCAUGAGAUCAUGUGCAGCCGGUGUUGUGACAAGAAGAGCUGCGGGAACCGAAACGAGACGCCAUCUGAUCCUGUCAUCAUCGACAGAUUUUUCCUGAAAUUCUUUCUCAAGUGUAAUCAGAACUGUUUGAAAAAUGCAGGGAAUCCCAGAGACAUGAGGCGAUUUCAGGUGGUGGUGUCCACCACAGUGAACGUGGAUGGGCAUGUCCUGGCCGUGUCAGAUAACAUGUUUGUCCACAACAACUCCAAACAUGGGCGGAGGGCGCGACGUCUGGACCCUUCUGAAGCAGCCACUCCAUGCAUAAAGGCCAUCAGUCCCAGUGAAGGAUGGACGACUGGGGGGGCCACUGUCAUCAUCAUUGGGGACAACUUCUUUGACGGAUUACAAGUGGUCUUUGGCACAAUGUUAGUUUGGAGUGAGCUCAUCACACCUCAUGCUAUCCGGGUGCAGACGCCCCCUAGACACAUCCCUGGGGUCGUGGAGGUCACACUCUCCUACAAGUCCAAGCAGUUCUGCAAAGGAGCUCCGGGACGCUUCGUCUACACAGCUCUGAAUGAACCCACCAUAGACUACGGCUUCCAGAGGCUACAAAAGGUCAUCCCUCGUCACCCUGGAGACCCGGAGAGAUUACCUAAGGAGGUUCUUCUGAAAAGAGCUGCAGAUCUGGUGGAGGCGCUGUAUGGAAUGCCUCAUAACAAUCAGGAUAUCAUUUUAAAGCGUGCUGCAGACCUGACGGAGGCGCUGUACAGUGUGCCGCGGAGCCAUAACCAGUUGCCCUCACUGACAGGCUCCAGCGCUCACUCUGGCAUGAUGGGAGUUAACUCUUUCAGCAGCCAGCUCGCCGUCAACAUUUCUGAGGCCUCACAGGGAGACCAAGGUUACUCUCGUAACUCAAACAGCGUGUCUCCUCGUGGGUAUGUGCCGAGCUCCACACCCCAGCAGUCCAACUACAACACCAUCACCUCCACCAUGAACGGAUACGGAGCCGGGAUGACCAACCUGGGCGUCCCUGCAUCCCCGAGUUUCCUCAACGGAUCCGCCGCCAACUCUCCUUACGCAAUCACCCCCUCCAGUCCUCUGUUGGAGCAUCAUGCCUCCUCUUCCACCUCUUCUUCAUGCAUCCCUACUUCCAUCUCUCUGUCUGCGGGCCCUUUCUCAUUCUCUCCUGUCCAUAUGAUCUCUGCAGUCAAACAGAAGAGCGCCUUCGCGCCUGUCGUCCGGCCACAGACCUCCCCGCCCCCCACCUGCACCAGCACCAAUGGGAGCAGUCUACAGGCUAUGGCCGGUCUGAUAGUCCCUCCCAUGUGAAGAGGAACCUGAUCUUCCUCUAAGGCUUCAUUGAGCCCACAACAAACUCACUGGCUCAACAAAUCUGUCUGACACUCUCUUAUCGAACUUCACCAGUCCUAUGAGGAGCUGCCCGAAAAGAACAUUUACACCUGGAUUGCUAAUAGAAAAAAAGAAGAAGAAAAGUAAACCUGGCCUGAAAAUGUCCCAUGUCCUGAAAUGUCAAUAGAUGUGUUUAUUUUGCCCUCUAUGACUUCAUCCUUGGAGACUCGCCAUACCAGGUGGCAUUUCGAACAGGACGCAUAAAAGCUGGAUAUUAUCGCAAUGUGAACGAGAGGCCGAGGUUUUGAUACAUCCACGGCUGAAGGGGCUUCUUUGCAUGGCUGAUGUUGUCUGUAGACCGUUCGUUUCAUACUGUAUGUCUGUCCUGUUUCCACUGUGAGAAGAGAGACGCCACUCAUCCAGAUGGGACUGUGAUGGCUCAAAAGGCCAUUCAGAAAGGAUUCAUUCCUAAUUACAAAAUCCAGUGUCUUUGGUUUUUAACAUCAAGCUGAUUUUAUUUCCUUUCGCUUUUGUUUUAAACCAUCAAAAGUGAUGCACAAACAAACACAAAAUGAUCCCAGACUGUAAUUUAGUAAUCGUCAGGAUUUUGGAUGUCAGUCAUUUUUACUCAUACCGUUAUUGUAGUUCCAGUAUAGUUCCAGGUGUGUGGAUAGGUAGAUUUAAGCCAGGAAUGCUUUCUGCGGUUUUAAUCACAUUUAGGUACCAGACUUAUUGUUGAACUUCUUAUUGUGCUUUUUUGUAUGUAUUUAUAAAGUUCGUUCCAGGAUUUCUUUGGUGAGUUAGGCCAGAACAAUAGUAUCAAAUAUCUAUGUCAACUCAUUUGAUGUCUUAAUACCUUUUAGAUAUUGUAAAAAGAGUGAAAAAUAAAAGGGAUUGUCAUUUUUGUUUUUACAAAAAAAAAAAAAAAAGUCCAGACAUGACCAGGACACCUUUUUUUCAAAGCAGGGUGCAAAUCUCCACCACUUUUGUAAAAAAAAAAAAAAAAAAAAAAAAAAAAAAACUGACAAAACAUUUUUUUCAAUCAUAUAUUUAAUGUUUUUGCAAAAUGCAUUUGUGUUCUUGUUCCUCCUCUUGUCUCGUGUGUUCUCGUGAAACGUGUAUGAUCAUAGUUAUUUCCUAAUGCACUAUUUUUGUUGGGGCACUUACAAGAGCUAUGUAUCUUAGCAAGCAGAUGAAAAUAAUAAUAAUAAAAAAAGAACAAAAAAAAUGUAAAACAUACAAAUAUGCACCAGUAUGUUUUCAGAUGAUUGUUUGGAUUGAUUGCUCUUUGCUUUGGUCAUGAUAACUGAAAUGGCUAAUCAUUCAUCAUGUAAUUUUGUUAAUGUUUCUAACAUGUUUCCAUAAUACUUCUCUGUCCUUGUUGAGGUUUAUUUUAUAUUAGAUAUGUGUUGUUUUGCCACAUAGCGUCGAGUGGUGAAAAGUCAAAUAAAUUGUGCUGAUAAAUAUGCCAUGUUUAAUGUAUCACAUCAGAGAAGUCCAAACCUGAAAUGGAGCACAUUUUGACGUGGAAAAAUGAAUUGACGUCAGUGUUGCUGGUGAUAUUGUUAGUUGUUGCACACAUAUGCACAAGUUAUGCAAUUUGUAUUUAAAUGCAACUCGCAAUCCACAUUUCAGUGGAUUAGCUGUGAAAUUAAUUAAUGUAAGGAGAUAUAAUGAUGCCUUAAAACAGGAUGCGCUCCAGGACAGUGUGUUAAAUCACAAAUCAAAACAAUAAUCUGUGAUAUGAUGCAUUUAAAUACUGUCGAAACAGCAAUGUUUUAGGUCUUCGUAGGGAAAAUGUGGAAAAUCAUUGCGAUGACUUCAGUAAUCAUCACAUUGCAGGUUGUCAUCUUCAUGAAGUGGUUUCUUAGUCAUGUUUGGUUUUGUUUCUGUUUGCGAUUAAAUAUCACAGACUGACCACUUUGAAUCAAUGUAAUUUUAAUAUUCCAGUCAUGAUUUUCUCUAUUUUCCUGAAGUGAGUGAAGGUGUGUGUUUGCUACAAUGUAAUGUGAAAGAAAUUGUGAUUUCUGAAGACCUCUUUUAAUUUCACAGGUGACAUAAUUACAGUACUUCACAUUUAUCCUUUUGGGGUUUAGACAUAAAUGGGGUAAAGAAAAUACAAUUUGACAGUGCCCUAUUAUACUAAAACAGCUGAAUUCAAUCUCAAAGUUCACAUGAAAACAUCUCUGGCAGAAAACACACACACAUACACACACACACACACACACACACACACACACACACACACACACAAACACGUGUCCAUCUAUUUCACCCAUGCAUUCAGUUUCCUAAUAGCUUGUGAAAGGUUUUUUGCCAUAGAUGUAGAGAGCUGGCUUUUGGUUUUCUUUUUCAAAACCUGUUUUCUUUGGAAAUGUUGACUUCGAGGUGAAAUGGAGAA